AUGAGUCCGAUCCCCCGUCGCCGCCGCGGAUUGAUGCCGGUGUCUCUUCUCAACAUCGCGUUCUCCCUUCUCUUGUUCGUCGCCUUCUACAACAAGGGGGCUGCAAUUAGGGUUCCGUUCCUAUGGCGGACCGCCGAUUCCGCCCCCUACAGAUCGAUCUGGAAGCAGGAUCUCAACCCCCGGCGGCAUCUCGGCGAGCUCUCUAUCAGUAAUUCAACGGCAGCAAUCGCAGCCGGGAGCAAUGGCACCGCCGUGAUCCUCGAGGCCGGAGCGUGCUCCGGCAUAGCAGCCCACAGAGGCUACCCCAGCGAGUGCUCCUUCAUCAAAUCUCAUCCACAGUGCUCCUCAGGGGGGUUCAUCGACUACCUCAGGUUCUUUUACUGCGACUGCGAGAAUCUCCAUUUCCUCGGCUACGCCGUGAUGGCCAUGUGGCUUGCUGCCCUCUUCUACCUCCUGGGGAACACGGCUGCGGAUUACUUCUGCUCCAGCUUGGAGAAGCUCUCCGGUCUGCUGAGGCUUCCCCCCACCGUCGCCGGCGUCACCCUCCUCCCCCUGGGGAACGGGGCGCCGGACGUUUUUGCCAGCAUCGCCGCCUUCGUCGGCUCAGGCACCGGCGAUGUCGGCGUGAACAGCGUUCUCGGCGGUGCCGUCUUCGUAACCUGCGUGGUGGUGGGCGUCGUCUCCAUCUGCGUGGCGGAGAAGAGGGUCCAGAUCGACAGGAGGUGCUUCAUCAGGGACGUCGUCUUCUUCCUCCUGACGCUGUUGUCCCUCUCCUUCAUCCUCGCCACGGGGAAGAUCGCCGUCUGGGGAGCCGUCCUCUUCGUCUCCCUCUACCUGGUCUACGCCUUCUCCGUCGCGGCCAACGAGCUCCUGCGGAAGCACGCCAGAAGGCUGAAGCUGGACGUGGUGACCCCGCUGCUGCCUGUCAGAGGGAGCAUCUUCUCUCCGGCGGCCGAGGAGGAGGACGACUCCAUCUACAGCUCCCUGCUCGACGUCGACGACUCCACCCAUGCGCCGCCGCCUCUGCACGCCACGCUACCGCAGUGGAUGUGGGCCUCCAAUGUGGCCAUCUACUCCAACCAGGGCCCCAGAGGAAGCUCCAUCGACAACCCAAGGCCUCUCUGGGGCUGGAGCGAGAACUCUGGCGGGGAGAACCCUUCCUGCUCCUCCUCGAAGCUCCUCCACUGGAUAGAGAUGCCGCUGAGUCUCCCCCGCCGGCUGACCAUCCCCAUCGUCGAGGAGGACAGAUGGUCAAAAGGCUACGCUGUCGCCAGCGCCCUCUUAGCUCCCCUUCUGCUGGCGAUUCUCUGGAUCAGCAGCAGCUCCCGGCGGGAGGGGGAGGCGGCGGCGGCGGCUCCAAGCUCUGGAGCGGAAGCGCCUUUUCUUCUCUGCGGCCUCGCCGGCAUCUCCCUCAGCACUGCCGCCUUCUUCUUCACGAGGAGCGACCGCCCCCCUCAGAAGUUCCUCCUCCCGUGGUUGCUCGCCGGGUUCGUGAUGAGCAUCGUCUGGUUCUACAUCAUCGCCAACGAGCUGGUCGCCCUCCUGGUGGCCCUGGGGGCCAUCUUCGGUGUUGAGCCAGCGAUCCUGGGGCUGACCGUACUGGCCUGGGGGAACUCCAUGGGCGACCUGAUGUCCAACGUGGCCCUGGCCAUGAACGGCGGCGGCGAUGGCGUGCAGAUCGCCAUGUCCGGCUGCUACGCGGGGCCCAUCUUCAAUACCCUCGCCGGCCUGGGGAUCUCCAUACUCCUCAGUGCCUGGUCCGCCAGCCCUGCCGCCUUCGUCCUCCCUCGAGAUGCCUCCCUGCCCUUCACAUUGGGGUUCCUCAUGCUCGGCCUCAUAUGGGCCCUCGUCAUCUUGCCCCACAACGACAUGAGACCUUCCAAGCUCCUUGGGAUCGGCCUCAUCACUCUGUAUGUUGUCUUCCUCUGCAUCAGAAUUGGCAGCACAACAAGGUUCGUCUCCUUCCUACCUGUGGUGACAUGA